CUGUAAUGAAAACCAGGAUAAAUUGAGGAAGUUGGAUCAGAUACCGGCAACUAAAACUAAGUGCUGUCUUGUGCAGUUAUUGAGUAAAUAGAGAUAGCUGAGAAUAUAAAGUGCCACUGUCAAGAAGCAAAUCAGUGAUAUUAUUAAUAAGUUAAUAUAAGGGGUGCCAUAGUAAAAGAUGUCUGAGAAUGAGAAACAAGGCCUACUGACUGGACCACAGUCUCAAGUUCCUGGAUAUGGUGCACCACCCCCUUCAGGUUAUCCUCCCCAAGGUGCUCCACCCCAGGGGUAUCCAGGACAAGCUCCGCCCCAGGGAUACCAAGGACAGGCUCCACCCCAGGGAUAUCCAGGACAAGCUCCACCCCAGGGAUACCCAGGACAAGCUCCGCCCCAGGGAUAUCAAGGGGGCCCACCACCUCAGGGAGGUUACCCCCCUCAAGGAGCCCCAGCAGGUGCUGUACCCCCAGCAGCUGGCCAGGUUGAACAAGAUAGUAUACCAAGUGCCCCUCCAAUUGAGAAAAUGGACCAGAUUGCGGGUUAUGAGAAUGUUGCAUCACAGGACCCCCUUCCUCCACCCAGUUAUGAGGAGGUGACCAGAGCUCCCCCACCUACUGAUAGACAGAUACCAAGUGCUUCUGUGAUCACUGCAGAGCAGGCCAAAGAAGCAUACAUAGACUUUACUUCAGAACAUUGUUGUUAUGGGUCAUCGGGGGCUAAAGACAGUAGCAUUGUAGACUUGAAAUCAUCAAGUGCGUUCCAUUACACCCUGGAGACCUUUGGUGAGAAAAGAGUGACCACGUGGGCCCAGGAACCUUAUAAUGGUCAACCAAUCGAUGGACCGCAAAAUGGGCCAGCCCCAGGUCCUUGGGAUUUACAAGUGAUGGCAUCAAAGAACUUCCAAAACAGCAAAUCUGAUAUUGAGGUUCCUCAUACUGCAUCUGUGAAGCCCUGUCAUACUUGUGUUGGGAACUGUAGAGUGAGGUGCAAUCACUGUCAUGGUAGGGGAAAUAACCGAUGUACUUGGUGCCAUGGCAAUGGACACAACAGAGUGUAUGAAGAUGGUCGUCACCACAACAAACCCUGUCACCAUUGCAACAGAAGUGGCCAGCAAAGAUGCAAUUGGUGCCACGGUCACGGCCAAGUCAAGUGUAAAACAUGUGAUGGCAAAGGAAACCUAAAGUGUUACAUCAAAUUGACAGUAACUUGGACUAAUCACUACGAUGACCACAUAGUGGAGAGAACUGCUUUACCAUCUGAGCUGAUUAGAGGGGUAAAUGGACAGACUGCCUUUGAGGAAGAACUACCUAGGGUGUGGGCUAUCAACCACUUCCCUGACCCAACCAUCAACCAGGCCUCAGAUACACUGGUGAAACGUCAUUCUACUGCCUUUCCGACUGAGAGGUUACUGAUACAGCGCCACAGAGUAAGAAUCAUCCCAGUGAAUGAAGUUAUUGCAAUAUGGAAGAACCAAGAGACAAAAUUCUAUGUUUACGGCUUCGAGAACAAGGUUUACGCACCUGACUACCCACAGAAGUGUUGCUGUACAAUCCUGUAGAAAGAAACAUAAGAGGACUUAGGAAUAAAUAUUUUACGCCGAGAUUCGUUAUGAGUUUAUAUAUAAUGCAUCAUCCUGUAUAAUAUCAGUAAUUGUGUUUUUAAGUGAGUACAGCCUAUGAUAUAAUCGUACACUCACAAGAAUAUAAUAAACAUGAUAUAGAGAACGUACCAUUGAACAUUCUAGUGGAAAGUAAUGAAUUUUAAUAAAUAAAAUGAAAUGUUGGAAGAAUUUGGGAAAGUGAAUUGUGGUAAAAAUUCUGAGAAAAACUGGCCAAAAUGAAAUUGAAAAAAUAAUCAGUCGUAGGAUGCUGAACAG